AUGGCGAAAGGUGGCCGGAGAAGCACCGACGACUGCAGGGAUGGUGACUUCGAACGACGACAGUCGCAACAAAAGGACAGGACCUGCUGGUGGUCCCCGUCGUCACCAGAAAACAACUAUAGCAUUGGAGGGCGUCAUGGACAUCGGCGGCUGCUGGACAGGACGAUGGCGAAGGACAGUCGGAGUGGCACCGGCGAAACGAAUGAGGACAUUGAUUCACGAUGGCAGCAACGAGACUACAUGUCUGACGACCCAUUGGUUCGACGUCGUGCGUGGCUUUUCUUCGUUGUCAGCGGUUGCACCGAUGAUGUGGCUUCGCUUGGCGACACCGGCGGCUAG